AUGUCUGCUAUCCAGAACCUCCACUCUUUCUACCCCUUUGCUGAUGCAGGUAAGGGUGAUGACAGUGCUGGCACUUAGGAUUGUAUCCAUAUAAGAAUUCAACAGAGAAACAGCAGGAAGACCCUUACUACUGUCCGAGGGAUUGCUGAUAAUUAUGAUAAAAGGAAAUUAGUGAAGGCGUUUAAGAAAUUUGCCUGCAGUGGUACUGUAAUGGAGCAUCCAGAGUAUAGAGAAUUACUUCAGUUACAGGGUGACCCGCACAAGAACAUAUGCCAGUUGCUGGUAGAGAUUGGACUGGCUAAGGGCGGCCAGCUGAAGGUUCAUGGUUUUUAA